UGCCGGAUCAUUGUUUCUGUUCUUGAUUACGCUCCCCGUCAGUGGGUAGGCUGUCUCCUCUGCUUUGGGAGGAACGUGAACGUAUACCUUCUGUCAUGUAAUUAUUUCUAGGUCUACAUUUCUGUCACCAAAAAUGGCAGACAAAUGGAGGAAGCGGAGAGUAGCGAAGAAGCAGAAGGCAGAGCUCGGGGAUCCUUCAAAUAAUCAGCAAGACGAGAAACCCAAACAAAGCCUCUCCCACAGAAUAGGCAAGACCAAAGAGCUGUCAUGUGACGUCAGGGACCAGAUAGUGGACCUGCACAAAGCUGGAAUGGGCUACAGGACCAUCAGCAAAAAACUUGGCGUGAAGGUGCCAACUGUUGGUGCAAUUAUUAGAAAAUGGAAGAAGUAUAAAAUGACCGUCAAUCGUCCUCGAUCUGGAGCUCCAUGCAAGAUCUUGCCUGAAGGGAUGAGGAUGAUCAUAAGGAAAGUGGUGGAUCAGCCCACAACAACACGGGAGGAGCUUGUUAAUGACCUGAUGGCAGUUGGGACCACAGUCACCAAGCACACUGUUGGUAACACACUACGCCGUCUUGGCUAUCAGUUUAAGAAAGCAGACUCUCCCACAAGAGCGGACAGUCCGCUCAGCUCAGCGUUUAGCGUGUUAGCUAGCAGUCCGGAGAAUUCCCUCUCCUCCUUCUUCCCACCCAGUUCCCGCCACUGGAUCUACGAAGAGAGCCCUGACAGGAAGGUGCUUAAUGAUGAGGAUGAGGAGCACAUAAUGAGUAGUGGCAGUUCUGACCCUGAGGAAGAAAGCGAGGAAAAUAUGGAAGAUGUGGAUCAAAUACCAAGCAUGGAGGAAGAGAAACAUUAACUUUCAAGUAAAACCCACAGUAGAAGCAGCAUACAAGCUUAG